AUGGACAGAAUCAGUAGACUACCUGAAGAAUUACUGGUGAAGAUAUUAUCGUUUGUUCCAACAAAAGUUGCUGUGUCCACAAGCAUCUUGUCGAAACAAUGGAAGUUUCUUUGGAAGUUGGUGCCCAAACUCGAGUACGAUAGUAGAUAUUAUUCAAAUUCUGAAUGCGAGAGGUUACAGAGUUUUCUUAACAGAAAUCUGCCAUUACAUAGAGCUCCGCUUAUUGAAAGCUUCUGCCUCGAGUUUAGUGCAAAACAAUAUAAACCUGAGGAUAUCAAACUGUGGGUUCUAACUGCAGUUUCUCGCAACCUACGAGAGCUGGAGAUUUCUCAAAUUUAUUCUUUGGGCGUGCAGAACAACAUAUUGCCGAGUAGCUUGUAUACCUGCAAAACGCUCUUGACCUUGAAACUCUAUGGAACGACUCUUGUGGAUGUUCCUCGUAUGAUUUGUCUUCCUUGUCUGAAAACUUUGCAACUUGAAGGGGUCACUUAUGAUUUAGAUGAGAUUGUGAUAAAGACUCCUUCUUUGAAGUACUUGAAUUUUACAUAUUAUAGUUCUAAGAUUCACCACUGUUUGAUCGAGAAUAUGCCUAAGCUGAGGGAGGCAUAUGUAGAUGUUAGCUGUCCUAUUCUCAAGAGGCUUAUCGGAUCAAUCACAUCUAUCAAGCGUCUCACAUUAUGGCAAGGUGUGUAUGGUGAUGGUUUUGUCUUCAACCAUCUUGUACAUCUGAAUCUUAAUAUACGUAUAUUCCAAAGAUAUUCGCUGAAUGUGCUUGUCCGGCUGCUCAAAGAUUCGUCUAUGUUCCGUGUGCUAGAUCUACAUCACAAUGGAAGGAAUGUUCAUGGAACUUAUAAUGGUGUACGUUUGUGGAAUCAACCAAGUACUGUUCCUGAAUGUAUGUUGUCGAGCCUACAAACUUUCAAGUUUUCAGGAUACUUAGGAAGACCAGAAGAGAGAGAUCUUGUGAUUUAUGUCUUGAAAAAUGCACAUCACUUAAAGACCGCAACAAUCUUGUCUAAAGAUUAUUUGUUUGAAGAAAACCCUGACAUGAUACAAGAGUUGGCACUUUCUCCUCGCGCAUCAACCGAUUGCCAACUUGUACUUGACAGGGCUGUGCGCACCUUUAUAUGA